AUGUUCUCAGGCCAUUUCCCGCAGUCACCCGGAACUGAUGCUGGAGGCGGAGGUGGAUUCUGCGACAAGCGGCGACGACUACCAUUCGCGGCUCCAUCAACUAUUGAACGAACUGCACGCGAUGCACCCAUGAAUCUUAUCCAAGAGAUCCGACAGAAUAUCACAUUACAUGAACAACCAUCGACCAGCGAUGAUAGCACUGAAGAUAUUAUCAUCAACGGUAUAGUUUCCGAGGAACUUGCUAUCGUGCUUCUGAAAGGAUUCUCGAAAUUAUCCAACCGCUGGUUAUUCAUGAGUACAGACCCCGUCCAGCUACGCACCAAAUCGCCGCUCCUGUUUGGUACCUGUAUUUUGGCAGGUCUCCAUAUCACCCCCUCCUUGUAUGGGUCAUCAACACAUCAAGCUUUGUAUCGCCAUAUUCACGGACUGCUGGGCCAGGCACAUCUUUCUUCCACUGCCUCGCUCGACACAAUACAAUCUAUGUUGAUUUUCUCCAUGUGGGACCUGCGCCCAACUUUGGGCCCUGAUCACGGUACCUCGUGGCUUCUCAGUGGCACGGCGGCUAUGCGGGUGAUCAUGACUACUUCGUUUGGGCAGCUUCCAAAGACAAGCGACGCCGAUAGAAGCGAACGAGCCAGAGCACAAGAAAUAAUGCGCACGUGGAACUUGAUUUGCCUCUGUCAGUUACAAUUUUCCGUGGGCUCUGGUCGUCCACCGAUUAUAUCCAGCCAGUACUUUGACGAAUGUACCAACGUUCUCGAUUUUCCGUCAUACAAUGCACGCGACGAGCUUGUAUUGGCUGGAGUCAGGUUAUACCGACUCCUUUGGGAAAUCCUAAGCUCAAACGUGAUACAAAGGGGAAGUGCUGUUUGGCCUGAAAUCGACAACUUGCGAAAGACCCAGGAGAAUAUUUACAAGCUUGAUUCCUCGCAACCAUUACGGUUUGCAUACGCCUGCACGUACCUGAUUCUGGCACGUCGCACACUCCAACAUACGAGCGAAACUCAACCUGAAGGAAUGACCAACUCCAGGAUAACACAAGAGGAACCAACGCUCCCGUUAAUUCGGUUCGCGAUUAGCCAGUCGCUUCAACUCUUGAAUUUAUUUGUCUCCAUGUCGGAUUUGACCACUUAUAUCCAUCCUGCUUACGAGAAUGUGCUUUGUUCCUUUGCAAUGGUGACACUAGCUGAGUUUUUGGUCCAUUUAGAGGACGUGGGAAGUAUAAUUGUUCUCAUGGAACAGGCCGUCUCUCAUAUUCAAUGUGGAGGCAAAGCCGAGCCGGUGAGCCGGUGGUCUCUGAACAUCAUGAAGCAACAUGUCGCAGAUAGGAUUGAGCAAGAAGAUUGUGUGACUUCGACGGGAGAGAAUGGCACAGGGAUUUAUAUGCCGCAGUCAGUUCAAAAUGCUACUGAGCCCUGGGUUUGCAACGAAUGGGGCAUCGAGCAG